CUUCCACUCGCUACCGCCUUCCUCUGCCAUAGCAGCUGUCAUCGUCAUCGCCCGCGGCCGCACUGGUUGGCGGCACCAUGUCUUCUAACCCGCCCGCCAUUCCGACCUCGUCCAAAGCCGCGGCCACCUCAGGCCAGCUCUCGCCCGCCCAGAGCCAGCCAAACUCCAUCGCAAGCGGCGACAACUACGGCCAACGGCGAAGCGGGGCCAGCAGUUUCGGAGCGGGGGCAACGACUCGCUCCUCGCCAACGCCAAGGAACAAUCAGCAAUCGCGCAAGCAGCACAAGGGGUCGAAGCGCUUCCGGCAGGCCGAUGAGGAUGCCAUUGCUGACUCUCUCGCCAUGCGUCCCUUCAACAGCCGGAAGGGCCAGACGUCCAUCACCCACCUCAUGAACUUCAGUCUUCCGCCGCGCCCGCAGAACAACUACCACCACUCCCACGGACACGGAAGGAACUACCGCAGGAAUCCGACAUGGGGUCUGGGCUCGGGUUAUCACGCCAUCGAUAAGGCGAGCAGAUACGUCCAUGCCAAUUACCGCUUCAUCGUCGACCCGCGUGGCGACUAUCGCGCCCAGAGCGUCGACGCUGAUGUGCACCUGGACUGGAACAGUGUCCUGCAGAUAUUGGUGUCUUCGCAGUCUCAGGACGCUUCUUGCCCGAUCUGCCUAGGGACUCCGGUAGCCCCGAGGAUGGCAAGGUGCGGCCACAUCUUUUGCUUGCCUUGCCUUAUUCGGUACAUGCAGUCCGAAGAUGAGGGAAAGACCGUUCCGGAGAAGAAGGCGCGAUCGAAGAAAUGUCCCUUGUGCUGGGAUUCCAUCUACAUGUCGGAGACGCGGCCCGUGCGCUGGUACGUUGGACAAGAGGGCGAGCCUCCACGAGAGGGAGGUGACGUCGUGCUUCGCUUAGUCAUGAGGCCAGCUGGAAGUACGCUGGCCAUGCCACGGGACGGCGCCGAUGCUCUUACCAAAGAGGAGGACAUUCCAUGGUACCACGCUGCUGAAGUCAUGGACUAUGCCCGCGUCAUGCGAGGUGGAGAGGAUUAUAUGAUCGAGCAGUUCGAGGGCGAGCUUCGCCAACUGGAGCAGCAGGGGAAGGAAGAUGAGCUCAUGUUCGGAGAGGACAACGUUGAGUGGAUGAGGAAGGCAAUACGCUCCAUUCAGGAUUCCAAGGAGAAGGUCAAGGGCAUCGGCAACCCGCCGGUGAUGACAGCCAAGCCUGCCGAACCGAAAGCAAAGAAACCUCCAAUUGUCUUCAACGAGAACGACGAAGACACUCCCGAGAUGUACCUGAUCCAGAAUGCAGCCAAAUCAGGGCAGAGCAUACCGCAUGUCCACACCCCGGCCGCAGAAGCCACUGCACUUGACGCUCAUGCUACUACUAGUACAGGGACCGAAACGAAUGCCGCAAGUUCGAGGAAGCUCUCAGUGUCAUCCCACCCCUCGCGAACAAGUCAUGGCGGUAUUGGCGCGACUCUAGCUGAGAUCCGCAACCGCCAGCGCCACGAGCUUCACCACACACCAUCGGAGUAUUAUUUUUACCAAGCGCUCUUGCAUUAUUAUUUAUCGCCGCUGGAUAUUCGCAUUCUGAAAGCCACAUUCGGAGAUUUUGCAUCGUUCCCAUCUACUAUCCUACCACGCGUCGAGCGCGUCUCCACUGGCCAUGUCGUCGACGACGAUUUACGAAAGCGCACAAAGUACCUCGCAUACCUACCCUAUGGGUGCGAAGUGAAUUUCUUGGAAUGUGAUUGGACAGAUACCGUGACACCUGAAAUCUUGGAGCGCUUCAAACCAGAGAUCGAGAAGAGGCGGAAGAGGAAUCAGGACAAGGAGACGAGAGAAGAGAAGGCUCGACUGAAGGCGGAGAAGGAUGAGUAUGCCCAGUUUGCUUCGGCCAGGAGGAAGCGGCCAAGCAUCUCCGAUAAGUUCUCUGCGGAUGACUUCCAGCCGUUGAUGCCCUCCGGGACACCGGAGCCCGCUGCUACCACAGACGCAGAGAGCGCAUCGACGUCGCCUCCUUGGCCCGCAAGACGCGGCCAGGGCUUCGCUUCACUUGCCUCGCCGUCGACGAGCCCUUCAGCACCGCGAACCGUCUGGGGCACCGCGGCCAUACCACCAACGUCGCCAAUUCUGGUGCCGCAGGAACAUGAUAUGCCUGACGAUGGAUGGCUUCAGGGUUGGGAAAAGGAUCUACUGCAAGAGGAAGGGAUGAUUGCUGAAGCGCAGGCUAUGUCCUUAGGCGAGAGCAGCGAAACGCCGAAGAAGCAGGCGGGAGGGAAAAAGAAGAAAGCCAAGAAGAUUACGCUGAUGAGCACAAACGUAAGGAGAGGCGCAUGA